AUUUAUUAUUAUUACAAUAUUAUCCUCCACGUUGAGCGUGAAAACAGGUUUUAAAAGUGAUGGUCGGUCAGUCGCCAUUGAAUCAACAAAAUGUAUUUACUUGUCGUGUUUUGUUUUAUAAUAGGAAGUCGGGCACAAAAUUUUAUUGAUUUUAAUAAAAGAGUGAACAUCUUCGGCAUAGAGUUAAUGUAUUUUACGCAUCAAGAAAUACACAAUACAUUAAUAUCGCCGUUCGGAGUGUGGAGUGUUCUUACGGGGUUGACCACCGGCACCACAAAUGUGAGUAAAACGCAGCUGUAUAACGUUCUGCGCCUCCCCAACAACGACGUAAGAAUAACAGAUGCCUAUAAGAGUUUGACUCAGAAUUUAUUAAACAACACCAUUGUUCAAAGCAAGAAUAAUUUAUAUUACCAUAUGAAUAAUACAAUUUCGAAACAAUUUGAAAACAAACUGACUGAUCCCUUCGAUAUUUUAGCAGUAAAGCUUGAUUUUAGAGAAUCAGACACGGCUGCGUUGGUUGCGAAUACAAUUAUAUCCGACGCUGGAAUCAAAACCAAUAGUGUAUUAAACGAUACUGAUUUUACAGACGCAAAUGUGAUAUUGACAUGUGUCAUCAAGUUUAGUGGUCUCUUCGAAUCGCCUUUUAGUAAGGACAGGACAACAAAUCGGCCAUUUUACGUGAGCCCCAAUGAUAUAAAAGAAGUGAAUAUGAUGCAGCAAACUGGACAAUUUCUUUAUUCAAAAAUAGAUUCCAUAAGAUCCGAAGUAAUUGAGAUGCCUUAUACAGAAAAUAAUAUAUCCCUGAUUGUGAUUCUUCCCAACAAAAAUGUUUCUCUAGAUAAUUUAUAUGGCGGUUUCAUUAGAACAUCAAUUGACGAUGUUCUACGUGAGCUGGAAAUGGAAAAAAAGAAGAUCGUGUCAGUUUCAAUACCAAGAUUUAAAAUAAGAUCAAAUUUAAUUUUAAAUAAACCAUUGAGUCAGAUGGGUUUAGAUGUUUUUACACGAUUCGCGAGGUUUAAUGAAACGUCAAACAAUUUUUAUGUUUCCAAAUUGGUACAUAAAGUUGAUUUGGAACUUAUUGAAUCUGGUAUGAAUAAUCAAUUACAAUUGGUUCCCGCCAAGAUCUUCGUAGCGGAUCGUCCAUUUGUAUAUGUGAUUGUAGAGAAAACUACAAAAACAUGUGUAGUUAGCGGAAUUUUCACGCGACCUAUGCUGUCGUAACGUUUUGGAUUAAUGAUCAGACCAUAAAACAAUAACUUGGAUUUUAGUUGAAACUCGUUUUACCUAUACUCAGAAGCAAGAUGCGUGAGCAAUCUUUUAAUUAAUUUUUGGCAUUAAAAACUGUUGAGAUAAAUCAACUUAAAUAUAAUUUAAGAAUUUGUGUUACCUUUAUUUUAUUGCAAACCUAUAUAAAUACGGUUUCAGACUGAUCAACAAGUAAAAUAUCGCAGGGAAACAGGCAUGCCUUAGACUCAAAAUGUCAAAUGUGUGGAGGCACAGAAGGCUAAUAAUAAUAAGCUUCCAUUCCACAGUAGUCAUACUGAGUGAUACGAAAAGUACAUACAUGGGUAGUCAAAGAAAAAAACAGUAAACUAGAUUUGUAGUUAGUAGAAAUAAAGUUUAUAAAUGAUCACAAAACAUACAGAAAUCUUAGGCCAAGAUCAUGGCUUUCCCGCCACCGUUUUAUAAAUAAACUAUCUGAUCCAGCAAACGUC